AUACCGCUCCCGGUACGGGUUACACAAUUUUUAACGCUGUGGAGUUUACACAUAUUCCAUCAUCUGGAAGCAUUCCUUCGUCCAUUUUCCAGUGUUUUCAUUCUUAAACCCAUGAUACUUUAUAACUGACUCAUCUCACAAAGGCAACAAUUAAAGAUUGUACGUUUAUGAUCGGGCAGGAUGAUUAUUUUGGUGACCAUUCUCAUUUCGUAUUUUGUUAGAGGAAGCGUCCAAGAUAAUAUCGGCCCUUACCACGAGAACGAGGGAACAGAGGAACAUUUCACCCACGAGUGGGUCAUCUCGGCUAAGGGUGGAUCGGAUGCGGCGAAAAAAAUUGCACAAGACCUGGGCUAUCGCUACGUCGGAGAUAUACCGGGUGAAAAAGACAGUUAUUACAUUCUAGAAAAACUAGAUCAUCCGACGAAAUCCCCGACUGAAAGCGCGAAUCUGACACAACAACUUAACUUGCUUGACAAUGUUGAAUGGGCCGAGCAGCAAUGUUCAAAGAGAUUGGUGAAGCGGCAAGACCCUGCUCCUAGCUUUGAUUUAGGACAAACAGAACAUCAAUUUUUGCAGCACCGCAAUCAGGAUCUAUCCGGGGAGAGCAAGUAUGCGAACGUGUUCCAUGAUGAGUACUGGCCGAGACAAUGGUACAUGCAUGACUACCGAUCCGAUUCCGAGCAACCAAUCACGGAUUUAAAUGUGGUACCAGUUUACUACCUGCAUAGGGUUACUGGGCUCGGUGUGAAUGUCAUCGUUCCUGAUGACGGUGUGGAGAUAGGACAUCCUGAUUUGGCACCAAACCACGAUCCGGAGUUGAGUAUAGACCUGAAUGGAAAUACGAGAGACCCCACGCCAAAGCACUGGUCCCGUCCGAAUUAUCAUGGAACGCGUUGCGUUGGGGAGAUCGUCAUGACCGCCAACAACGAUUUGUGCGGGGUUGGAGUCGCAUUCCGUGCCAAAUUUGGGGGUAUUAGAAUGUUAGAUGGACCGACAACGGACAAAGUUACGGGGGUGGCUCUUCAACACGCCCUGCACAAGGUGGACAUUUUCAGCAAUUCAUGGGGACCAUCAGAUGACGGAAAGACUUGCGAUCAAUUGGGCCGUCUAACAAGAGAGGCCUUCAUCAAUGGUAUCACUAAAGGUCGGCAAGGAAAGGGCGUAAUCUACGUAUUCGCAGCUGGUAACGGAAAGGAAGUCGGGGACAACUGUGCGUGCGAUGGUUACGUGGUCAACAUCUACACUAUCGCUGUGGCCAGUUGCGAUUACCAUGGACACGUGACCCAUUACUCCGAAAGGUGCGCCGCAGUUAUGGUCACCUCGUACUCAGGUGGAGGAGUCGGACAGAACGUCGCCACAACGGACAUUCAUGGAGGAUGCACCGUCUCCCAUACGGGCACCUCUGCGGCAGCACCACUUAUUGCAGGCGUGAUUGCUCUUGCCUUGGAAAUUAAUCCGAAUCUGACGUGGAGAGACGUUCAGUACCUGUUUGCCUGGACGUCAGCUGUUUACCCUCUGGCAGAGAACCAUGGUUGGUACCUGAAUGCAGCCGGCUUUUACUACAGCCCUGACUUUGGAUUUGGCCUGGCAGAUGGCUACAACUUCGUCACUGCCGCCAAAACGUGGGUUAACGUGCCACCCAAGUCGGUUUGCGUCGUUCCGAUUAGGAUGGGCUACGGCGGGCACCAAAGAAUCAGUCCAGACGAACCGAUGAAAUUGACCGUGAAGACAGAUGCAUGCAAAGGAACAGCCAGUGAAAUUAAUUACCUGGAGCAUGUGCAACUAGAGACCUACAUCAAGUAUUCAAGGCGCGGAGGAUUGGAGAUUACACUGGAGUCUCCUGCCGGAACGAAGGCUCAUAUGUUAGAAGCUCGGCCCAGAGAUUACUCAGAAAAAGGAUUCAAGUACUGGACAUUCACCUCCCUGAAAACAUGGGGUGAGAGUGCAAACGGAAACUGGACUAUUGAAGUGUUUGACAGGUCUGGGAUAGCAGCAUCAGGAGUGAUUACGGAACUAACUCUCUUCUUCCAUGGAGUGAGGGAAGUGCCUCACAUUUACAAAGAUGGCCGACGACCAUAUAAAAACUUCCAAACGUUAGACGAAAAAAUUAGAGAGGCGAAUAGAAGAGGCCCAAAGAUCUUCAAUGCCCUGAACCGUGGUCCAUCACCUAGUGUAAGACCUGCUAUGGACUUUUUCUCUGGUCUCGCUGGUAUAUUCUCGUCCCUCUAAUCGACUGUUUGCCAAGCGGAACUUUCUGUUGUAGACUUUUAUUAUAAUUUCUUCGGAUGGAAGGAGAGCAUUUUGUCCUCAUAACACGCUGUACUCGUAAUUGAUCAUUCGAAUUGUGCACUAAAUGAGGCUCUUGUCAACCAUCAAUUUAACAUACACUGAGUUUUUUUCUUUUCUUGCAGUCCGACAAUUAGUAUUGGUUUUGCAAUUCGUAGUUAAAAUUUUUCGUUUUGAUUGAGUAAUUUCCCGCUAGAAUACGUCGGAGCCAAUGUGUCAAAAUUUAAUACAAACAUUGAUACAGUGUUUAUAAGGUUCUUUGUGCUGCAUGCCCCCAACGAUGUACUGGAUCCUGUGGUGAGCAAAUUCUCAGUAAAGUAUGGGCCAGAGCAUUAAAAUUAUCAAUAUGUAGUGAAAAAGUUGAAUAAUUCUUCAGGCACAACGUAGAAAAACAGGGAUUUCAUUCCUUGUGAAAACUUGCAAACCUGGUGGAGAUCCAAUAUUUGAUCCAGUCUUGUGUCACCUAUAAAACGCCUUUCACUCUUGAUCCGUGGCUAAAUGGGACUGAAAUUUUCUGAAAAUUAUUGGUCAAAACAAUUUCUCCCGCAAAAUAGUUAUCCAACAAAUUAAGAGAGUUAUUGUUUACUGCUGACCCUGUUAGAAGAGGUAGAAUGUCAUCUUUGAUGACAACAUUUAUACAUCAAUAUAGAAAAAAAAAACUUCUAGAAAAUUAAACUUUAAAUUAAUUAAUAUAAUUGAAUAUCUUAUAUUAUACUCCUUACCAUGCACACUAUGA